AUGCGUACCUUUCUCGUCGUCGUUAGCGCUGCGCUCGGUCUUGCCCAUGCGGCGACCAAUAUGCUGAGCCCUUAUGGGGCCAUGAGCAAGCGCCAGGGCGGGGCCUUCGAUCCGGAUGAACAGACCGGGCGCGGCGACACGUGCAUCGAAGCCUUCGGACCGGGCUAUAUCGAAUGCCGGCCUGAGUCGGCCACCGAGAACAGCCUCUGCAUCAACCCGGACGAGGGCCAGUCAUGCUGCCAAAAUCUCUGGGGCUGCCCGGCCGACUCCUUCUGCCUCGUGGAUGGCCUCUGCUGCCCUACCGGUCUCGACCCGGAGACGUGCGCAUCCGAAAAUGGCGUCGACCUCCCACCCAACUUCGGCAUCAGCACCGCGCCUCCCAUCGAGGAGACUGCCACGUCGACGCGCACUACCCGUGUCAGCACUGCUGCUCCCGACACCACGUCCACUCCUGACAGUGAGACCACGUCCGAGCCAGCCACUACCACUUCGGCGCCGACUACUAGUAGAACUGGCGGCAAUGGCACGACCACCCGCACUACCAGCCCUUCGAGUUCGAGCGGCGUCGUCACCGCUGCCGCGUACCAGGAGAAGGCCGGUGUUGCUGCCGUGGUUAUGGGGCUUGCUGCUGCCAUUGCGCUUUGA